UGCAGCGUCUGCGGUUAGUAACAUUUGAGUCAGAUUUGUAGUGUGUGGUUUGGUGAAUGAAUGAAUGAAUGAAUGAAAAGAAGGGAGUUUUGCGUAGGUAAUGUGAGGCGUGUGAGAAUGAAGUGUAUGAUAACUCGCAUGGUGUAUAUCCAUUGAUUUUCAUUUAAGAUAAUUCUGUAAUUAAGUAGAGGAGAAUGGUGCACAGCAGGUCACCUUCUCCCUCAGCUUCAAGACGGCGACGUAGCAAAUCCCGUGAAAGAGAACCGAGAGAUCGCGAUCGUGAUAGGGAUCGUGACAGGAGGAGGAGGCGCUCAGGGGAGAGGAAUCGAAGGAGGAGGCAUCGCCGAUCUCGUUCGUGGUCUCGCUCACGAUCACGUUCUGACUCCAGAGGCCGGGACAAGAGUUCCAAGUCAAAGGUUCAACUUGCAGAAAGACCUCCUAUUACUGAUGCCGAUUUAGAAGGGAAGAGUCCUGAUGAACAAGAAAUGAUGAAGCUUAUGGGUUUCUGUGCUUUUGAUACUACAAAGGGAAAGAAAGUAUCUGGAAAUGAAGUAGGCACAGUUCACGUCAUUCUGAAGCGCAAGUACCGCCAGUACAUGAACCGGAAGGGUGGUUUCAAUAGACCACUGGACUUUGUGGCUUAAAAUGGAAUUCAUUCUGUGCUGUCCAAGACUUGAGAUGGAGGUUGUCAGUUCUGCAUACAAAACAAGUGUCUUGUAUAAAUAAGCUGAAGACUUGACGAACAUUUUCAAUGAACUGAACUUACUGUAUUGCAAAUUAACUGUUUCAAGUCUCAUCACAUAAUAUCCAACCUCAGGUUUCAGUUUAUUAAUUUUCUUGUAGCAUUUCAUCUGUUAUUGUUCCAUUUUCUUUACAGAUAGCAAUUAAAUAAUUUCUUUUGUAUCAGUAUUACAGUGAAUGUAUAUUACAAAAAAAAAUGAUGCUAGAAUUAGAAUUUCUUGAGAAUAUAAUGUUCCAAAUAAAAAAUAUACACAAGCCUUUCUUCAUCACACAUUAUGUUCCCUCCUAUUUCAAUCUUGUUGAUAACACUAUAAAUCACAAACAUAUAACUUUUUUUCUCUAUUUCAUACAAGAAUGAAUAGGGUCGACAAGUCUGAAAUAUUUUGUGUUCCACAACACCAUUUCCUGACAUUGAAAACAGUGGAGUACAAUUAAUAUUCAUACAAAAUUUACAAGUGAUUUAUGUUUUUUAAAAUUUCUACAGAGAUAUAGUUAUUUUUUGAAAUGAUGUGAUGCAAUUGUUAAGUCUAUAAAAGUCUGGGUGAGUGAACCUAAGAAGUAUGCAAUGAAUGGAAUCUUUUGCCUUGUGGCAGUGCCAAAGUCAUGUUAAAAUAGAAACAUACAUGGGCAAUGGCAUGCUUGCAUACUUGAUUAAAUCGGAGAAAA